UAUUUUGCCAUCGGUAUAUGAAGAAAGCAAAAGGAGAGAAUCGAGCAAUCCUCGAAUGACAAUUCGAAGGCAAAUAUUUAGUCUUAUGGCGGAGGUCUGAGACAUUGCUGUUUGUUACAACCCUAUUUUUUUAAGCAUGGAGGAAGUUGACAAUAUUAUUAUUCACUCGCUACGGCAAAUUGGCUGUGAUAUCGAUGUGAAUGUUACAAAUCUGAGGGGUUUCGAGACAGAUUUAGUGGUGGAGGCAACUGUGAGAUGUUUAGAUAUCAUUAAGCCUGGUUUCGGCAUCUCUAGGAUUCUUCCUGCAAAUAUGGCUGCGAGGUUCAGGACUGGGGCUUCUCUAGCUCAAGCCUGCUCGGAACUCGGUUACAGAGGGGACAUAGGCUACCAGACGUUCCUCUAUAGUUCCGAAAGCGAUUUGCGACGUGUCCUGAUAUUCCUAACUGAAAAGCUGCCAAAGGAGACCGACAAGAUCUCAAUAGAGCCCACUAGUAAUUUCGAUAAGCUGGAGAAAUCGGUGGCGUCAAUUCUGCAAAAGAAUUUGUCAACCCCCUGGUUACCCCACUACUGCCACAGAUCGAGGAACGACGAAUAUGACAGUAUGCCUUACAGAGCAGUUGAUCUCGACCUCCCCCCCGAUAAUCCCUCCACAGAAUAUGAGGUUUAUCAUGCUACAUAUCAGCAGUCAGUGCCUGAACUUAUGGACCAAGAGUGCCUCAUACCCUCGAUAGUAUCACGAACCUCCAAAUUACUUUACUCGCGACCAACGAAUAUAAUAGAACGACUAGAAUGGUUAAAUAAAUUACCUGAAACCAGUGAAUUCCCUGGCGAAAGAAUAUCGAGUAGGUUCACGUUAAAUGAGCGGCUGCAGCUGCAAACAUCUAAACGACGAGAUGCGACUGAAGAGAUGACGAGGAGUCCAGAAUCAGCUUCGACACUGCCAGAGCCCUCAGCUCCUUCCAGAGAGGAAAGACAGGUGUUGGAAGUUGAGGGAAUGAAGGCGAACUGCGAAAAAUUGAGAGUUGAGGUGGAAACGAUAAGCAAUGAACUGGUGAAUCUGAGCACUCAGCUGUCCCAGGUAAAGAGCAAGAGGCUUGAAGAGGAGAGGGAGCUAGAGGUAAGGGAGGAGCAGAGGAAGAUCAAGGCGAGGACUUACGAUCUCCUCGAAGACGGUGAUAAUAACAUUGCCAAGCUGGAGGGUGUCAUCGAGGCCGGGAGGAACAAGCUAAUCCACUUGGCCAAUCAGUGGGAGAAGCACAGGGCCCCUCUGAUCAAGCAAUACAGAGACGAGAGGGAAAAGUAUUCAGCCAAGACCAACACUAGUCAAAAAAAGCUAGACAAACUAAGGAUUGUCAGGGAGAGGGAGAGGGAACUCAUGGAUGAGUGCCACAUGAAGGAUCAGCAGUAUGUACAGUUGAUGACGGACGUCCAGAAACUACCGAAAGAUGUCAACAGAUCGGCAUACACUCAGAGGAUACUGGAAAUCAUAAAUAAUGUGAGGAAGCAGAGGGAGGAGAUCGAUAAAGUGCUGGGGGACACCAGAGAGAUUCAGAAGGAGAUCAAUACUCUCAGUGGAAGACUCGAGAGGUCUUUCACUGUCGUUGAUGAACUCAUCUUCAGGGAUGCCAAGAGCAAUGAAGCCUCCAGGAGGGCAUAUAAACUCCUCGCCACUUUACAUUCUGAUUGCAGUGAACUCGUUAAUCUUGUAGAGGAGACUGGGACUACGUUGAGGGAGAUCAGGGAUUUGGAGGAACAGAUUGAUUCGGAAUCAACGAAGAAUGUUGGAGCUAAUUUAGAGCGAAUAACAGCUGAUUUGAAGCAAAUGAGACAAGAGACUGCAUCACUAACAGCACAAUUGACAAGUAAAAACUCGUGAUUUAUAAAUUAUUUACAGAUUCCGCGCUUGAUUUCCAAAGUUUGUGAAAUAAUAAUAGUGCUUCGGUGAAUUUACACCACAAAUUGACGAUUGUAUAGCUUUAAUUAAAAUGAAAAUUAUUACAUACGACCUGAACAUUCCCAUAUCCAGAACUACUAAAUAAUGAAUUGUAAAGGAAAAUUCAGGACAUGAAAAUAAGACCAAAAUAAAUAAUUGCGCUCAAGAGGAUCUAGAUUCCCUAAGAGAUUUGAAUAAUAAUCUUAUGAGUUAUGACAACUCGCUGUACCAUGUUGGCAUAGUUAAAGGAACCUUUCUGUUACUAAAUUAUCGAAUCAGACAAAUGAAAUUUAAUACUGUAAAUAAACAUUAAUAUUCGGAAAGUA